AUGGAGGUAUCUGGAAAAAUCAAAGAGAGAGAUCAAGAUCUUACGUCAUGUUCGGUAUCAUCUAAGUGUUACGGAUUAUUAUAUCACCCUUGUUUAGCCGACGGUGAGAGUUUAGAAGCCGAUGGUUUCUGUCAGAACUGCCAGGAGUAUCUUUGUAAAACAUGUAUGAAAUAUCAUCGCAAAGUAACUGUCAGUAAGAAUCAUACUAUUUUGGAUAAGGGUAACAUGCCGACGAAUGUCGAUCCGCAAACUAUCAAACAACUGUGUACUGAAACCUGCAAGAAACACAAAUUAGAGAUAAUCAAGUACUUCUGCAGAGUUCAUGAUACAGUUGGGUGUGGUAAUUGCAUGGUAAUUGACCACAAGGCAUGCAAGGUUGAGUUUAUCCCAGAUAUAGCUGACGAAUUCACCAAAGGAGAGGAAUAUAAAGCAAUUCUAGCUAAACUAAAGAAGCUCCAAUCAAAAGUCGAAUCCAUGAUAAUGAAAGCGGAGAAUAGUAUGCAGGCAUGUGCUUACGAAUAUUAUACAGCAGUUCAAGAAAUAACAAAGUUCAAAAAAGAUAUUACUGAUUAUUUAGACAACAUUGAACAUUUGAUAAUAAAAGAAUGUGAACGUCUCAAAGAGCAAAAUGAAAAAGUUAUAGCAAAAAAUGAGGUCUUGUUGAAAUUCAUUAAGUCUGAACUUGAUGGCAUUGUUGACUGUUUAAAGUCUCAGUCAAAGAUGACCUCUGAUCUGUUUGUUGAAACAAACCAAACAAAACUUCGCCUCAAUCAGUUAGAGCAAGACAUAAAACAAAAUGAAAAUGUGACACUCUCUGAAUUUACGUUUGUACGUAAUAGGAACUUGGAAGCAAUGAUUUCUGAAAAUUGCAAUCUUGGAAAACUUUGUUCACGGCUGUCUUGUUAUCCUCCAAAGAAAUGCAGCAUUGUCGAGUUGGAACUGGUAUUUGCUUGUGAAAUUAAUGUUCAGUCAAGUUCAGACAGAGAAGAUUCGAUAAUAUCAAACAUGCUUCCUUUGUCAUCAGAUGUAAUUGUGUGCGUAGAUAGUGGAAACAACUCUCUUAAAGUGGUAGACACAAUACAACAAUGUGUUUCGUCACAAAUUGUCUUAAAAUCUUGGCCAUGGGAUAUAACUUCUGUAGCCUCAGAUCAGAUUGCAGUUACAUUACCUUCUAUCGAAAAAAUUCAAUUUCUCUCAGUUAUAGAUAACAAAUUCGAAUCAAUCAGAGAAAUAAAAGUCAACGGACAAUGUAGAGGGAUAGCUUACCAUCAGAACACACUUGUCGUGUCUUUUGUUGAACCACCGAAACUUGAUAUCAUAGAAAUGAACGGAGAGGUCAUUCGCAGUAUCAAAGCUGACACUUUAGAUUGGCCCAGUUGUUUGGAAGUAAGCAAUUGUGGAAAUUAUUUUUUCUUUUCGGAUUUGACGAAAGGUGAAGUGAAGAAAUUCGCGUUUGACGGGGAGUUACUUGCAACUUAUGAUGACAAAAGUUUGCAGUCCCCGACAUCAGUUACUGUAUGCAAAGAUGGUUCAGUUCUCGUUUGCAGCAGUGGAAAUGAUACAAUACAUUUGAUAUCGCAAGACUGCAGACAGAUUAAAAUUCUGCCUUUUGAGGAGGGAAGACUGGAUCAAUUGCAGUCUGUCUAUUUCAAUGAAGCAACUUCCACUUUCUAUCUAAGUAGCGUUGGAAACUCUAUACUAGUAUACAAGCAGGCGUAA